AUGCUUUCCGAUAUCAAACAAUUCGAGCAAGAACACAAAGAAGAAAUGAAACUUCUUUAAUAGAAGUAUGAGUAAAGGAUAGACCUCUUAUCACAAAAAAUCGAGAUCCUAUAAAAAGAAUUAGAAGUCAAGGACAAUAUUUACUCAGAUCUUAAAAAUAGAUCUAUUCAAAAUGAGGAAUCCAAGAUUCAAAAAACUGAAGAAGAUGUUGUUUAGGAUUUCGGGGCAACCAUUUAAAAAUUUCAUAAGCAAAAAGAAAAAGAAUUAAUGAAAAUUAAAAAGAAUUACUAAAAAGAAUUAAUUCAUAAUCAGAAGCUCUUAAGAAAAAAAGAUGCGACUAUAGAGUAACUCUAAUAAGAAAUUUCACAAUACAAAUAAGCUGCUUCCUAAAAUAUGGAUAAUCAAAAGAUUUUGCUGCUCUCCAAACUUAUUGAUUUAGCAAAUGAAAUUCAAAAAUAACUCUGA